AGGCGGCGGCGCAGGGCCGAGCCCGCGGCGGAGCCCCAGGCCGGGGCCGAGACCAAGGCCAGGGCCGUGCCGCCCAGGCGGAUCAAGGCCGAGGCCAAGGCCGGGCUGCACUCGCAGAACGCGUCGCAGGGUAGUUCGCACAACUCGUCGAGCAGCAGCUCGCGCAAGCACGGCCUCUCCCUGGACGAGACCACGCUCGUCAGGGGGGAGCCGUCAGAGCCAGGGUGCUACGUGUCCAUGUACAAGGGGUGCCCGAAUCACCCGACCAACGAGUUCGGGUGGAGACACGACAACUGGGCCGAGGAGGAGACCGCAGCCAAGACCAACAAGUCCGCGUGCGAAUUGCGCCAGCACGAGUGGCAGGAGUAUUGUGGCACCGUGCCGAUGAAGGUGCUGUUCAUCGCGCCAGACCACGUCGAGUGGAGCCCGCUCAGCCAUGCGGACAACAACCAGUCAGCGGCAAUCGCCCCAGCAGCAGAGCCGCGAGGCUCCCCGUCGGAGGCGCAGCCGGGCGCGGGCGGGCUGGAGAGCCACUCCGAGCAGGACAUUAGCACCUCGCCCAAGCUGGAACUUGCGCCGGAGUUGGACGGAGAUGAGCAGGGCACAGCGGGACAGUACGAGCGGCCCGCCACAGCGACCGCCGUAGACAACGACCGCCCCGCCACACCGCCCGCCGUGGACCACGAGCUCCCUGCCACAAUGGACAUGGCGCCGCAGCACUGGGAGAAGCAGUCCAACAUGCCGGGCGCUGGCGAGAGCUUCGACGACUCCGACGUCGUGCGCGGGUAUCCCAGCCAGCCGGGCUGCUACUACCGAAUGCCCUCUGGUUGCCCGCUCCACUACACCAAGUCGAAGAUGUGGAGGACCGCACGACCUGGCGAUCGAGCGGAGGGGCAACGUGGACUGGGCCACGUGCAAGGCCCGCAAGAGCCACUGGGACAGCUGGUGCAGUACCGAAGACGUGAAGGUGCUCUUCGUCGACAGCGUGAGUUCUGCGAGGACGGACUCACCCCACAUCACGGCGAUGGCCUCGCGGGAGGCGCCGAUGCCGACCUGGAGGGGCCCACGCAGCCUGGCUGCUACGUGCGCUCACCCUCGGGGUGCCCGAAGCACAGCUCCAAGGUGACGGCCUGGAGGCG